UAGAAUGUGUUGUGUGAAGAUUUAAAAGAAACUUGCAAUGAAUCUUGAGGCUGUGAUCUGUGUCUUAUGGGCAUUAUGUGUGGGUCAGACUGCAGGAAGCCAGCAUGGUCCAAACAUCAUCAUCAUGCUUAUGGAUGAUAUGGGCUGGGGCGAUUUGGGAGUAUUUGGGGAGCCCUCCAAGGAAACUCCAAACUUGGAUCUGAUGGCUGCUCAGGGGAUGCUGUUUCCAAACUUCUACACUGCCAACCCUCUGUGUUCCCCCUCCAGGGCCGCUUUGCUUACUGGAAGACUUCCUGUGCGAAAUGGAUUCUACACCACCAAUGCUCACGCUAGGAACGCAUACACGCCUCAGGAGAUAGUGGGGGGAAUAUCUCAGGACGAGAUCCUGCUUCCAGAGCUGCUGAAAAAGAAAGACUAUGUCAGCAAGAUCAUCGGCAAAUGGCACCUUGGGCACAGAACUCAAUAUUUACCUCUGAAGCAUGGCUUUGACGAAUGGUUUGGUUCCCCCAACUGCCAUUUUGGCCCCUACAAUAACAGUGUUCGUCCCAAUAUACCCGUCUACAACAACUCUGAGAUGACAGGAAGGUAUUACGAAGAGUUUGAGAUAAACGUGAAAACAGGGGAAGCCAACCUCACCCAAAUCUAUUUGAAGGAAGGCUUGAACUUUAUCUCUCAGCAAGCCAUGGCCCAGCGGCCCUUCUUUCUCUACUGGGCUCCAGAUGCGACCCACGCGCCUGUCUACGCCUCCGAACACUUCCUGGGAAAGAGCCAGAGGGGGCGUUAUGGUGAUGCGGUGAUGGAACUGGAUGACAGCGUCGGUCAGAUUCUGGCUCAUCUGGACAGUCUGGGAAUCCACAACAACACAUUGGUGUUCUUCACCUCGGAUAACGGGCCGGCAGUGAUGUCUGGACCUCAUCAAAGUGGCAGCAAUGGUCCAUUCCUCUGUGGGAAGGAGACUACGUUUGAAGGCGGCAUGAGGGAACCAGCCAUUGCCUGGUGGCCUGGACGGAUCCCUGCUGGCACAGUGAGUUAUCAGCUGGGCAGUGUGAUGGAUCUCUUCAGCACGAGUCUUUCUGUGGCUGGUGUUCUUCCCCCUGAUGACCGUGUCAUUGAUGGUUUCGAUUUAAGUCCUGUCCUCUUCAACAACUCACUGCUCGACAGACCCAUCUUCUAUUAUCGUGGCAACCAGAUGAUGGCAGUGCGGAUCGGGCAAUACAAGGCACACUAUUGGACAUGGAGCAACUCAUGGGAGGAAUUCAACAUGGGCAUAAACUUCUGUCCUGGUCAGGAGGUUCCUGGUGUUACCACACACACGCAAGAGGAACACACCAUACAGCCACUCAUCUUCCACCUGGGACAGGACCCUGGGGAGAGAUACCCAGUCAGCGUCCAGUCUGAGGAGUACCGGGACGUUUAUAGACGGGUGACUGCAGCCGUGGAGCAGCACCAGAAGGAUUUGAUCCCGGGAACGCCACAGCUCAACAUGUGUGACCUGGCUGUCAUGAACUGGAGUCCUCCUGGAUGUGAGCGGUUGGGUAAAUGUCUUAAACCCCCAGAGUCAAGUCCAUGGAAAUGUGUCUGGCCGCAUUGAUUUAACUUUCUAUUUAAUUUACUACGUUCAGGCAUCUCUCACAAUCGGAUGAAAUUUUAAGGAUCUUUAAAAAUGAUUUGUACAUUUUCUGUAAUGCUACUUUUAGCGUUUGUUUUAAUGUGUUGUUGUACGCAGAAAAGGGAAACAAUAUUGGAUUUUGAUAGAUAAGCAGUGAUUUAGUGUAGUUCUCAUUUUUGAAUAUUGUUUUAAAAAAACAUCCGACUGAUACUCCAUGAACUUCAGCUGCUGACGGACAGACGGUAACAAAAUUACUAAAAAUAUACGCUAUAAUUGUGCAUAUUUAUGUUAUCUGGAGCAUAAAAUAAACUAUACAUGAUUGCGAA